CUUUUCUCUGCUCUUCUAUUUCUUUUACUUGAUAACAAGGAACCGACUGUUUCCAUUUCUCUGCUGCCAAUUUUUAUAGUGAUCAAGCUUUUUUGAUUAUAUACAUGGCGUCUUCUCUCAACCCAUCUUGCCCUAUGAUCACCACUCUCUCCCAUUCACUAGGGAAAAAAUAUGAUAACCGGUUCAAUGGGAUAAGAUGUGAGAACUCAAUCGGAACAAAUGCAACCACAUCGAAGUUUUCCAUGAUUAGACUGAGUAAUUCACGCAAAGGCGACAGUACAGUUAGAGCUGUAGUUGUUUCUGGGGAUGAACAUACUAAAUUAUCUGGUGCAAUUGAUACACUGGCAGCAGAUAUGAUUCCUAUAACCGAUGAUUUCUUUAUGCACAAGGAUGAGCCUGAUUGGGAUACGCCAACGUGCGGAUUUGCUUCCGUAGAUGAGGCCAUUGAAGAUAUUCGUCAAGGAAAGAUGGUCAUUGUGGUGGAUGACGAAGACAGAGAAAAUGAAGGAGAUCUAAUAAUGGCAGCAGAACUAGCAACGCCUGAAGCUAUGGCGUUCAUUGUAAAGCAUGGAACUGGAAUUGUGUGUGUCAGCAUGCAAGGAGAAGACUUGGAUAGGUUACAGCUUCCUUUAAUGGUUCAGACAAAAGAGAAUGAGGAGAAGCUUUGUACAGCAUUCACAGUAACAGUGGAUGCAAAACAUGGUACAACCACGGGAGUGUCCGCUGAAGAUAGAGCAAAGACGGUCUUGACACUUGCAUCAAGAGAUUCUAAACCCGAGGAUUUCAACCGUCCAGGACAUAUCUUCCCUUUGAGGUAUAUGGAAGGAGGUGUUCUUCGAAGAGCUGGGCAUACUGAAGCAUCUGUUGAUCUUGCAGUCUUGUCUGGGUUUGACCCUGUUGCAGUUAUAUGUGAGAUCGUUGAUGAUGACGAUGGUUCCAUGGCAAGAUUACCAAAGCUUCGUGAAUUUGCACAGAGAGAGAACUUGAAAAUCAUAUCGAUUGCUGAUUUAAUCAGAUAUAGAAGGAAGUCAGAUAAAUUGGUCGAACGAUCCUCUGUGGCACGAAUACCAACCACAUGGGGAUCUUUCGAUGCCUACUGUUACAAGUCACUGCUAGAUGGAAUUGAGCAUAUAGCCAUGGUGAAAGGUGAUAUCGGGGAUGGUGAAAACAUUCUUGUAAGAGUGCACUCCGAAUGCCUUACAGGAGACAUAUUUAGGUCGGCAAGAUGUGAUUGUGGGGAUCAGCUUGCACUUGCCAUGAAACAAAUUGAAGAAGCUGGAAAGGGUGUGCUGGUGUAUCUUCGUGGACAUGAAGGAAGGGGAAUUGGUCUUGGCCUCAAGCUUCGUGCGUACAACUUGCAGGAUGAUGGGAGGGACACAGUAGAAGCUAAUGAAGAGCUUGGAUUACCUGUUGAUGCACGAGAAUACGGCAUUGGUGCUCAGAUAUUACGAGAUGUCGGGGUACAAUCGAUGAAGUUGAUGACAAACAAUCCAACAAAGUAUGUUGGGCUAAAAGGUUAUGGUUUGUCUGUUGUAGGCAGAGUUCCAUUGUUGACUCCAGUCACCAAGGAUAACCACAGAUAUUUGGAGACGAAACGGAAAAGAAUGGGGCAUGUAUACAACUUUGAAUUUAAUGGUCGGCUUAAUAUUGAUCUCCUUACUGGUAAUGAGAAGCAGUAACAUUUCGAUUGUGAUAAACCAGACAAGGAUUACGUGCUUCAACUCCUGAUCCAACAAAGCCCUGGAUGCGUUUUUUUCCCAGGGAGACCAUGCAUGAUAUUGUAAAUUUAUUGUCAUUAAUGGAGGCCGCUUAUUUCUUUGUUAUUGCUCAGUUUCUUAUCCACACAUUUAGAAG